CGCCCCCGCCUCCCCCGUCCCUACGGUGGCCGCGGGGUCGUUCGUGGCAGCGCGUCGUGUCGCGUCGCUCGCACCGCUCCGCGGCCGGCCCGGACAGGCGGUGAGGCGAGAGGAGCGGCGCGGCGGCGAUGUCCGAGAGUGAGCAGGCCCGGCGAGGCCCUAGCCCGCCUUUCCGCCGGCAAACCGGGCUCUGGGCCGGGCCCUGAGCCGCCCUUGGCCCGGGAGCGGGGUGAGCCCGCGGUAGGUGCUGAGGAGCCGGCGAGGCCCGGAGCUGCCCCGGCUGAGGAUGGGGAUCCUCUUCACCAGGAUCUGGAGGCUGUUCAACCAUCAGGCAUCCAGCCCCACCUCAGAUCUUCUUUUCCACUGAUUUCCUAACGUCCACUAUGCUGGCAACAUCACACCAGAAACAAAAGUUCCUAGUUAUGUGGGGUCAGAGCACAAAGUAAUCAUUGUUGGUCUGGAUAAUGCAGGAAAAACGACCAUUCUUUAUCAAUUCUCCAUGAAUGAAGUGGUGCAUACCUCACCCACUAUAGGGAGUAACGUGGAAGAGAUAGUGGUUAACAACACACGCUUUCUGAUGUGGGAUAUCGGAGGGCAGGAGUCUCUUCGGUCUUCAUGGAACACCUACUAUACAAACACUGAGUUUGUGAUAGUUGUUGUGGACAGCACAGACAGAGAGAGAAUUUCUGUGACUAAAGAAGAACUGUAUAAAAUGUUAGCACAUGAGGACUUAAAAAAAGCAGGUUUGCUGAUCUUUGCUAACAAGCAGGAUGUCAAAGAGUGUAUGACAGUAGCUGAAAUAUCUCAGUUUCUGAAAUUGACUUCAAUUAAGGAUCACCAGUGGCACAUUCAGGCAUGCUGUGCUCUAACUGGAGAGGGACUGUGCCAAGGACUUGAAUGGAUGAUGUCGAGACUUAAGAUCAGAUGAUUUUUAAUGACCUCUUUGCACAGACUUUGCUUAAAAAGAGCUGUACCCAGGAUUACCUUCACAGUGGCAGAAUUAAUGGGUUAGAUGUAUUUAUACUGAACUGACUUCAACUUUAUUUUCUACAUAGAUGCACACACACAUACCUGUAUAUAAAUUAAGACCAUUCAGCAAAAGAAAGAUGCGGUUAUCGCUCCUGUUUGAUUUCUGGUUUGUUUUCCUCUGAAGAUGCGUUAAAAGCUCUGAUCAAGCUUCUUUGCAAGAUACAGCCACUUGGAAUAGUCCAAUGUUGAGCAUGGCAAAGAUGAAGUGAGAGGAAGGAGCUUUUAAUUUUGAGUUUUAUUAUUCCAUUGUAGUCCUCUCGAGUUGAAGAUGUUGGCUUCAUUAUUCCAGUAAAUUAGCAAGCAAAUCAAUGGCAUAGAUAUCAACUUUCCAGUAUUUUUAAGGUUACUGAUGUUACAAAUGCAAAAUAUUUUCCUGUAUGUGUACUGUACAUAUUUGUGUAUAUUUAUACCUCAAUUUUAGGUUAAUUGCAAUCUGUUCAGACCAGUGUGUAAAGCUGAAUCAGUAUGUUGACAGUAAUACUAAUAUUUGACAUUGCCAACAUGUCACAAGUUCUUUUCCUUUGUUAUCUGUAUGGCUGUAGCAUCCAUCAGGCAGUUGGCUCACCACAACUUUAUAAAGAAAACUUUCUCUUAAGACCAUUGCUCAUUUUUCAGUUAGGGAGGCUGCUGUAAUGGAUUGGGGCAUAUAGACUCUGAGCUGCGAGUUACAGUGUCGGCAAACAGUGAGCAUUUGCCAAAGAGUUUAAAAUGAAAUGGGGUUUUUCUUUUUCUUUUUUUUUCCUAUGGUAGUCAUAAUUGGAUUUGGUGAUUCCAAGAAGUGCAUGUCAUGCUGUCCUAUUGCUGUCCUAUGGUACUGCUGCUCUUUUUUUGCAGUGCUGGUCAUUUAUGGUUCAAGUCUAGUAGGAGUACCUUUAGCUGUCAUAAAGGGAAAAAUAUCAUCUUUUUUUUUUUCUUAACCAAAGAAGAGGCACAAAAGUAUGUUUAAAAGUACCACUGGAAUCUUAUAAACCAAGUCACAUUCUGUAUUAAGUAUUUUUCUGAGGAAGGCAUGCUUUUAUAGCAUAAAAUCUAUAUACCUAUCUAUAUGCAAUGGAUGGAACUGGGAUGGGGAACAAAACAGAUGACACUACUUGGAAAGCUGUAAGUGACCCAUUCAUUGUGUUCCCACAGAAGUUCCAGGGCAGUACUUCUUGAAAAUAAAACUUUCUUGUGUGGUCCCCAGGUGAGUUACAAAGAAGCAUCGGAGCACUAUGUGGUUAUCUUUUCUUCCUGUAGUACCUGAUGGGAUGAUGUCCAUAUGAAGUUGUUUAGAAUUCCUUUUUUAAAGGAUACAGGCUUUUCAGUGGGAUGGGAGUUGGAUGGUUUGAAAUGUUAUCAGUAUUGUGAAGGUGCACAUAGCCUUAGCCAUAGGCUUUUUUAUGUUGGAGAUGGAUGUUUGGGGAAUGUAGCAAAAUGAAAUAAAACUUUGUUUAAAAUGUCCUUCCCUUUGCUCACACAUCUGAUAAGGAUGAAAAAGACAUUUUAAAGAAAAAGCUUAGUUUGAACUUUUUAAGGUGCUUAUGUUUGGUUACGGGAUAAUACAGUCAGUGCACCUGCCUUCUCAUUUGCCUCCUUCACUGCAGGUCAUGUGGGGUAUCUGUGGGGAAAAGAAGGGAGGACAUUUCAAAAGUUUCUGUUUAACAAAGGCAGGUAAAGAACUUAACUUUUUAAUAUAUUUAUCUCUUUAUGAUGCUCAUUGGCUAGGGAAUCUGCUGUCUUUGGCAAACAUUUUAAUGUGUACAUGCAUAUAUUUAUAGUGCAUGCACAUAGAUAUUGGUAUUAUUUAACUGGUGUAUUGCAAAAUGUAUAAAUGUUUGAAGAAACAACAAUGCAAAGACUUUCUCAGUUUAUCUGAUAUAGUAUCUUCAAGAAAUGAGCUCUGUGCACACUUGCAAAUGAAAUGGAAUUGUACAUUUUCUAGUCUUAAAAAAGAAAAAGCAGACUUGCUUAUAAACCUAA